CAGCGCUGCCGUCUUUUCCCAGACAGACAGACAGACAGACAGACCAUCCCGCUAUCUUAAGAAAAACACCAUAAAAUUUACACACACUAUUAAUUGCCCAUUCACACUCACCAUUACAUCAAUCUAGUCUCUUGAUUACACCGCGAAUCGCACAUUACUCUUUACAAAUACCGAUAGACCUUCACAAGAAAGAAAGAUGGACCCGCUGCCGCCCAACGUGCACGUCUCCAAGCACCCGUGCCUGGUCGCCAAGCUGAGCCAGCUGCGGUCCAAGAGCACGAGCGCGAAGGAGGUCAAGUCGCUGGUGCACGAGAUUGCGAUUAUCCUGGGAUGCGAGGCGCUGGCACACGCCGUGAGCGCGGCGCCCGGUUCAACUGACGAAACACCCCUUGGGUUCCCGUACCAGACUACCAGCGUGCUCCCCGAGACCAUCUCGCUGGUGCCGAUUUUGCGCUCGGGAUUGGGCAUGGUAGAAGCCAUCCAAACCCUCCUCCCGGCACCCGUCCCCGUGCACCACCUCGGGCUGUACCGCGAGCCGAUCUCGCUCGAGCCGGUCGAGUACUACAACAACCUACCGGACCACAGCAGCGCGACGGGGCAGGGCGCUAGCGGGCUAGCAGUCAUACUAGACCCUGUGAUCGCGACGGGGGGCACGUGCGCGGCGGCGAUCCAGUCGCUGCGCGAGUGGGGCGCGCAGCGGGUGCUGGUGCUGUCGGUGCUAGGGGCGGCGGGCGGCGUGGCGCGCGCGGCCGCCGAAUGGCCGGCGGGCGUCGAAAUCUGGCUCGCCGGCGUCGACGCCGAGCUGACGGACCGCGGCAUGCUCAAGCCCGGUCUCGGCGAUGUCGGCGACCGCCUGUUCCUGACCAUUGGCAAGUAG